GAGCUGAGAUCAUAACUUUGGUCCUGACCAAACAGCGUGGGGAGGGCGGGCCUGGCUGCUCAUUGAGGACCACCUUAGGCUGCUCCCAUCCCUUGGCUAAAGAAAAUAAUUCUGACUCCACUCAGUUUUCUUUAACUGUUCAGUUAUCAUCUGAGAAAACCUCCCCUCUUCACAUUGCAGCAGCUAAAGGAAUAUUUGGAAUAUCAAGGUAUUUUUUUUUCGCAGUGAUUUCUUUUUAUCAUCGCAAUUCUCCACUACCUCUAAAAGAAAAAAAUCCAAAUUUGGAUCCAUCUGGUUUCAGGAUUGGAAAGCGACUCUCUAAGCAGAUCAAAUAUGUUUAUAAAAGUUCCAUUCUUCAUCUUCGUCCUCGGGAGCCUGCCUUUUGUAGCACUUGCUCAAGAAGCAAGCUCAGUUCUAGAAGGAGAAGAAAGUGCAACACUGGAUUUAAGAGACAGAAAUGACACAGAAUUUGAAGAAUUACCAACAAUUUUUGGAGACCUGAAAACCACAGAAAGCACCAUCAUCCAGCCUGGAGAAAGUGAAAAUGAUACUGCUUAUGAAGAGAACACAGAAAGCGUUGAUGGUGAACGGAGUGGGGAACCAGAGAAAACUGAUGAAGGUGGUCUGGGAACAAUUGCACUGCUUGGAAUAAUUAUUGGAGUCAUUGUUGCAGUUGGAAUCCUUGCAGGAAUAAUAAUUGCAGUUGUAAGGAAGAUGUCAGGCAGGCCCUAAACACAGUUGAACCAAGCAACCAUGCCAUUCCAUGCUGGAAAAUACAAGUGCUUCUUAUUUCAUACAAACUAAAGACUAUGCCUGUAUUUGUGUGAGAAGAUGAUCCAUGGAAAAUAUAGUCAAAGCAUUUCAGAUCUAUGGGGAUACCACACAAUUCUAAGGACCACCCUCACACCUCCCCUUGCACAGGGCAUGGAACAUUUUCAUAGGAUUUUUUAUAGCCAGAAUUUUACUAGAAGAAAAAGAUAUUGCAGUAAAAAAACCCUGCAGCAAAGAGAUGUAUAUCUGAAAUGUGAUUUGCAGGUAUUAUAUGCUUGGGUUUUAAACACUACCAAAGAUUAUUUCACAUUACUUUAUAUGUAUUCUUUUAAAACAACAGCAAAAAAAAAAAAAAUUGUUUUGGCUGGUUAAGUGCUCCUGGCAUGUUUAUCUACCACAUGAUGUAUCAAAAAGGAGGAAUUAGCUUCAGUGAGAACCAGUUAUUUACAAUGUAGGAAAAUACUGGAUAUUGGAAGCUAAAAUCUUUCCACUGCUGAUACAGAUUUUCUGCUCUUGAUAUUUAUGUUAUUUUGUGGCAAAAUAUGGUAGGUCUGGCUGGAACUGAUCUACCAACUGAAAGCUUGCUCGUCUGACUAUGGCAUCAGGAAUUUCCUGCCUUCUCUUGUUGCAGAGACAUGCAGGAAUUGAAAUACACAUCCUGAAUUAAGGGGUGCUUGGAAAAUACCCAAUUUUGAUGGGUCACUUUAGAGCUGACGUGUAGAAGCUUUUGAAUUAGUGUACACCAUGUUUUUUCAUUAUGCCUGUCCCAUUUCCUAACUGUACAGUUGAUUUAUUUGACAACAUGUGCAACACCAGGUCAGAACGUGUCACUGAGGUGUGAUGCAGCUUUGGAGUCUGCAGCUUUUCUGGGGCAUAUUUAGAGCAGCACAACCUGAAUGUACAGAGCUCAGAGCAAAGGCUUUGCAUGUGAAGUGACUGCAGUGCAUCAGGUUCCCUAAAUGCUAUGAGACUUCAGUGUUUGGUGUAAAAAUCAUGAUAAUCAAUAUCAUCAGCCACUGCUAAAUUUGUCAGCUUAUCUGUGUUUGCUUUUCUGUUUCUUUCAUGUGCCUUGAGCUAUCAUAUCAAUACAAGCUUUGGAAAUAAAAAUCAUAAUAUAAACUGUA